GUCCCGUCGACGUUUGUGUGGGCAUUUCUGUGGCGAUCUGCAACUUGUUGCUCCAGAUCGAGGACCAGGAAGGAGAAGACCUCGUCGGCGGCGAUGGAUGAUUACGUGAAGCUGGAGAAGAUCGGCGAGGGGACGUACGGGAAGGUGUACAAGGCGCAGGACAAGAAGACGGGGCAGCUCGUUGCGCUCAAGAAGUCUCGCCUCGAGAUGGACGCGGAAGGCAUCCACCCCACUACUCUCCGCGAGAUUUCCCUACUCCAGUUGCUCUCCCAGUCCAUUUACAUCGUCCAGCUACUCAAAGUGGAGCAAGUGAAGAAGAACGGAAAGCAGCUUCUUUAUCUGGUUUUUGAGUAUUUGGAUUUAGAUCUCAAAAAGUUCAUUGAUUCCUACCGACUAGCACCCGCCCCCAGUCUUGUUCCUUCUUCAGUCAUUCGGUCAUUUAUGUAUCAAUUGUGUAAAGGAGUUACACAUUGCCAUAGCCAUGCUGUGCUUCACAGGGAUCUAAAACCUCAAAAUCUGCUUGUUGACAAAGAGAAAGGCAUAUUAAAGAUUGCAGAUCUUGGACUGGGAAGAGCCUUCACGAUCCCUCUAAAGAGCUAUACUCAUGAGGUUGUAACGCUUUGGUACAGGGCUCCAGAGAUCUUGUUGGGAGCAACACAUUACUCAACUGGGGUAGACGUUUGGUCUGUUGGAUGCAUAUUUGCUGAAAUGGUGCGGAGCAAAGCACUUUUUAUUGGUCAAUCAGAACUACAGCAAUUGCUUUGCAUUUUCAGGCUGCUGGGGACUCCAACUGAGGAGACAUGGCCUGGAGUUAGCUCACUGCGGGAUUGGCAUCAAUAUCCACAGUGGAGACCUCAUGACUUGGCUCAAGUAGUUCCAUCGCUGGAACCCGAAGGGAUCGACCUUUUGUCGAAGAUGCUUCAAUAUGACCCAGCUAAAAGAAUCUCAGCUCUAAAAGCAAUGGAUCAUCCCUACUUCAAUUCUUUGGACAAGUCACAAUUUUAGUGACUUUAUCACUAUCAUUCACUAAUUGCCAAUUCCAUUACUUAUUACAUUCACUAUCAUGUUUGGGCUCGAGUUCGAUCUCGAGCAUUUCAUCCCAUAAAUUCUCACAGCUUUUGAUUUAUACUCGUUAUGCAGUCUCAGAUUGAGCUCGGCAUGGAUCAUUAGUUUCAAUUUCUGAUGUAAUAUGAAUUAGGAUAAAUACUCUAUAAAAAUUUAUUUGUGAUUAUGUUGAAUGAAUAUGCA